CCUCAAAUCCCGGCAACAGAUCUGGGGGGGAAAAAAUCCAUUUUCUCAUGCCAGGGUCAGAAACCAUCAUCUGACCCUCCCUAAAAUCGUCCUCUCCGGGAUUAGAAAUCAGGGAAUUUUGGCAUUUAGGAGGGUCUGGCUGCUGCAUGAAGAGAGGGUGUUAUUUCACCCCCACCUCUGUAUCCCUGCCGGAGCAGGGAGCGAGCGCGCAUCCAAGGAGCCGGUGGGGGACGUUCACCGGCGGCUCCCCGCGUGCUCGGGGAGGUGGAGCAGCCCACGGAGAGCCGCUCCCGCAGCAGCAUCAGGCGCAGGCGGCAGCCGGAGCGCGGCGGCUCCUCGGCCGAGCAUCCCCGCAUCCUCCCUGGACCGCACGGCAUCGGGGAGACACGGCAGCUGCAUCCCGGGGUAGGGGCUUCACCCUCUGGGCGGGGUGUGCGUGUGGGGACACCCCCCAUUCAGAUUUUGCGGGUUGGGGUGGCGGGGGGCGGGGGGGCUGUUUCUGAUCCGGGAUUAGCGGAGCCGUGAGAGGCCGGAGCGGAGAUGCUGCCGUGGCGCCGGAGCAAGUUCGUGCUGGUGGAAAAUGAACGUAAGUGCAAAGGCAAGAGCCUGGGGCCGGGGCUGAGCUACGCGGCGCUGCUGGCCGGGUUCCUGCGCUCCUGCCCGGACCUUCUGCCCGAGUGUCCCUUGGAGCGGCUGGGCAGCGUCUUCCGCGGGAAGCGCCAGAAAGUGGAGCUCAACAAGGAGGACCCGACAUACACGGUGCGGUACCUGGGCAACGCCGUGACCCUGCACGCCAAGGGCGAGGGCUGCACCGAGGAGGCGGUGGGCAAGAUCUGGGCGAAGAGCGAGGCGGGCGCCGGCGGGGCCAAGAUGAAGCUGACGCUGGGGCCGCAAGGCAUCCGGAUGACGCCGAGCGAGAAGGGGGCGCGGCGGCCGGGCCACGCGUACCUGCUGCACCGCAUCACCUACUGCGCCGCCGACCGCCGGCACCCCAAGGUGUUCGCCUGGGUGUACCGGCACCAGGUGAAGAACAAGGCCGUGGUGCUGCGCUGCCACGCCGUGCUGGUCUCCAAGGCCGACAAGGCGCGCGCCAUGGCCCUGCUGCUCUACCAGACCUCGGCCUCGGCCUUCAACGAGUUCAAGCGGCUCAAGAGGCAGAGCGAUUUCCGCCACGUCCAGCAGCAGCUCCUGGGCGACGCCAUCGUGCCCUUGGUGCCCCUGCGGCGGCUGCUCAACACCAAGUGUCCCUACCGCCCGCCCGCCGAGCGGGCCCGCUGCGCCCCGCGCCUCAGCUCCAUCCUGGAGGAGGACGAGGACGAGGCCUUCGGCCCCGGGGCGCCUCUGGGGGACCCCGGCAGAGCCGCCGUGCUGCGGCUGGCCAGCGACAUGAGGGGGUGCAGCCUGCGCGGCCCACGGCACCCGCUGUGCUGAGACCCCCCGUUCAGGGGUCGGGUGCCAUCCCCGCGCCCCCAAGCCGGUGUUGGGACGCUCCUCGGGGGCGAAUCCGGACAAGACGGCGGCUCCCUUACAAGGAAGACGCGCUGCGGGGCGGGUGUGGGUUUGCACCCCUUCAGCCCCGCACAUGAACCUGCUCUCGUGCCUCCUCCUCUGCAGUGGCCAUAAUAAUAAUAAUUACAAUAAUAAUAAAAUUAAUGUGUGUUUUCU